AUGCACCCAGGGUUCCCGGCAGCACCUGGAGUCCCAGAGCCCAGCCCCCGUGAGCUAUGCACCUUCGUGAGUGGGGCAGCUGCCCGUGUACUCCGAGUGCUGCAGCCCCGGAAGUCCCGGCCCCCCAAGAGGAGGCUCAACCAUCGGCGCUUUCUGCACAACCAGAUCUGCAGGCAGUUUGCCAGGAUUGAGGCUGCCACCCAGCACCUGGCCAGGUCCAUCCUGUCCCAGGAAGCACCCACCUGCAGACCACCACCACCUCCGCCACCACCACCAUCCCUCUUCCUUGGGGUGGCUUGUGCUGUGGCCCCCCUGGAAGAGGCUCCGGUGGGUCCUGGCCUGAGCCUUGAUGCCCUGGAUGCCACCGCCACCCUGGACCUCUUUGAGGACAUCACACUCACCCUGCAGAGUCCCUGGAUGCCCUCGGACCCCUCCCGCCCUGCACUGGAACAGCCAGACCUGGGGCAGGCGGACCAGCGCCUUCGGAGCUGGGAUGCAGCCGCUGAGGGUUCGCGGUGA